UCAACUGAUUGUAACAACCAAAUUAAUCCAAUUAACGGCCGUCCCCUAUUAAAUGCUUAUUAUGACCAAAACACCUUUGGAUUUAUUCUCCACUCCCAAACGAACCGAGGGUAUCUCAGUCCUUGAACCUCAACAUCAAUAACGGAAAUCCCCUCCCUCCCCCUCGCAUUGAAUUGAACUGCUCCAAGAUUAACACACAAAUCAAGGAACGAGAGGAGAUUCCAGUUGCAGAGAACUCAAGCAAAGCUUCCAUGGCUAGAGCAAGAAACACCAAGAACCCAUUCUUCACAUUAGCCCCAUCACCCGUGUUUCACUUAGUCUCCGCCUCUCCGUUAACUUCUCUUCUCUUCUCUCCAAGAAAGAGCCCAAGAAACAACACCAAAUUCUUUGCAGUAUCUACAACGACCACAAGAACCCUCUCUCUCUUUUUUCUCUUACUCCUUUUUUCUUUCACUCUCUUAGGUUCUUCCAUUCUCAGCUUCAUACCCAUUUCUCGAGAUUCAGUCUCAUGUUGUUUCAUCUCUCCAUCUUCUCCUAUUUCAUUUCCUUCUAAAUCAACUUCACACAUGCUUUUAGCUUCCCUUUCUUCAGGAAAUUCUGCGAAUGCAAAGGAUGACCCUGGACUAGCAAAGAGUGUGAUGGUGCCAUUACCGGCUCAAGGGGUUACUGGAAAUGUGUCGAAAGAAGAGAUAGAGUUUUGGGAGCAGCCAGAUGGGGAAGGGUACAAGCCAUGCUUGGAUUUCAAUAUCAAAUACCGAAAGGCAUCUGCAAGGAUUUCAAAGGAGAAGAGGAGAUUCUUGGUAGUAGUAGUCUCAGGGGGAGUGAACCAGCAGAGAAAUCAGAUUGUUGAUGCUGUUGUUAUUGCUAGAAUUCUUGAAGCAGCUCUGGUCGUGCCUGUUCUGCAGGUUAAUCUGAUUUGGGGCGAUGAUAGUGAAUUCUCUGAUAUUUUUGAUGUCGAACAUUUCAAGAGGAUUUUACGAGCUGAUGUACGAAUUGUGUCAUCCCUUCCCUCCACUCAUUUGAUGUCGAGGCAGUCCAUUGAACUCCAGAUUCCUAAUGAUGUUUCGCCAUUUUGGAUCCGUGCCAAAUUCUCUAGAAAGCUGAAUGAAGAAGGUCUUCUUGUACUAAAAGGGCUAGCCUCUAAGCUCUCCAAGAAUCUUCCACCUGAUCUGCAGAAACUUAGGUGCAAGGUAGCCUUCCAUGCAUUAAGAUUUGCAGCACCAGUUAUGGAGCUUGGGAAUCGGCUUGCAAGGAGAAUGUGGAUUGAAGGUCCAUAUAUUGCCCUUCAUCUCCGGCUGGAGAAGGAUGUCUGGGUCAGAAGUGGAUGUCUUACUGGUUUAGGCCCAGAAUAUGACAAAAUUAUUGCUGAAGUUCGGGAGUCUCAACCUGAAUAUCUGACUGGAAGGUUAAACACGAGCCACACUGAGCGAAAACUUGCUGGUCUUUGUCCCCUCAACGCAUUAGAAAUAUCAAGGCUUUUAAAGGCUUUAGGGGCCCCAAGCAAUGCACGAAUAUACAUUGCAGGAGGGGAGCCAUUUGGGGGUACUCGAGCUUUGCAGCCACUUAUGGCAGAAUAUCAAAAUCUAGUGACUAAGGACAUGCUGGCAAGAGAAGGAGAACUUGCACCUUAUGUCAAGAAAUCCUCAGCUAUGGCUGCCAUUGACUACAUUGUUUCAUUGAGCAGCAAUGUCUUUAUGCCAUCCCAUGGGGGAAACAUGGGGAGACUUAUGCAGGGCCACCGUGCCUAUGUGGGACAUUGGAAGUGCAUAAAACCUAACAAGCGAGCAAUGAUUCCUUUCUUCGAGGACUCCUCCCUUUCAGAAACAGAAUUUAGAAGUAUAGUCAGGAUGCUUCACAGGAAAUCUAAGGGCCAGCCCGAACCAAGAAAUAACAAGAGAGACCGAGAUGUAAUUGCAUACCCAGUCCCUGAAUGCAUGUGCAAGCACAGAACACCUAUUUUUUGAUCAACUCAAAUGAAAAGACACGAAGUUGUACAACAUUUUGUGCUUCUUAUCAAGUGUACUCAAUUCAUGUAUAGCAUUUUGUCCAUGCUAGAGGUUCCUGUAUCCUUGAGAAUGUAAAAUUGGACUGCCAGAGUGAACUCUUUUCUUUAGUCGAAGCAAAUUAUUUUUCUUGUAAUUUUCAUAAACCAUAAAGCAUCAUCGACGUUUCUUCAAAUUGAAAAGACUAUACAAUAUUCAAUAAAACAAAUCAUCUAUUUGAUA